AUUGUCUUCAGUCUACGUCGUAGCGAUGGGAGCUAUUAUUGUGCUGGUGGUGCUAUUUGCUACUAUUGCUGGUUACUUCAAAUGGAUACACACAUACUGGAGAAGACGUGGAAUAAGUGGACCGGAAGGUCUGCCUUUUAUCGGAAAUUAUUAUGACCUAGCGGAUGUUAACAAACCAAGAGGAUAUCUUAUUCAUAAAUGGACACAGAAAUUUGGAAAAGUUUUUGGCUACUACGAGGGGGCUGUUCCAGUGUUAGUCGUGUCCGACAUGGAUAUGCUACAAGAAUUGUUCCUUAAGAAGUUCGACAAUUUCUACGCAAGGAAAUCCACAAAUCAUAUUCAUGGAAACUUGGAAUGCUCAAAGUCCGAACCAAGAAUAAAUUUGUUCACUUCAAGAGGAGCUCGAUGGAAGCGCUUGAGAGCUUUGGCAUCGCCAGGGUUUUCGGUGAAAGCUUUAAAGCAGGUUCACGAUGUUAUGGAAGACAGUGCUAUCAACAUGGUUGACUUAAUGGCAAAACACGAAGAUGGAAAACCAUUCAACAUUCACGCAUAUUUCCAAGAAUUCACGUAUGAUGUUAUUUCAAGACUUGCUAUGGGGCAACCAAAUUCUGAACUUUUCAAUAAUUCUGGAGUUGAAAUCGUUAAAUCGAUUUUCAUGAGGACACACCGAGUUCUGCCAUGGUAUUUUACAGUCUUGUUUCCUCAAUUUGAACACUUGGUAAAACGAAUGUUCUACAAUCACGCAGCUGUCCAGGGUGGAGAUAUUGAAAAAUUGUUGCUUAUUUGCAAAAAAACUGUCGAAAGUAGAAUUCAAGAAAGAGAGGAAAAUGCAAAACUUGGAUUUGAAAACGCGGAAAACGACUUCAUCGAUAUGUUCCUUAACUAUUAUAGUGAACAAGUUGAAGAUAUUGAAUUUGGUAGUACUGUAGAGAAAAAGGUCACAGCUGAAGAUGUUAUUGGAGCGUGUUUCGUGUUUCUACUUGCUGGUUUUGAUACGACUGCAAACUCAUUGGCUUACGCAUCUUAUUUAUUGGCAAAACACCCGGAGAAGAUGAAAUUGGCUCAAGAAGAAGUUGAUACCGUUGUGGGAUCUGAAAAUGUAUCCUAUGAUGAUAUGACAAAGUUGAAGUAUUUAGAUGCAGUUGUAAGAGAAUCAUUAAGAUUGUAUCCAGUCGCUUGGUUCGCCUGCUCCCGGGAAUGCGUGAAGCCUACCACACUUGGUGAUAUUUACAUUGAUAAGGGUGUGAAAAUUGAAGCAGAUGUUAUGUCACUUCAUAGAAGCAAGGAAAUCUGGGGUGAAAACGCGGAUGAUUUUGUUCCAGAAAGAUGGCUCGAGCCUUCAUCCCGACAUACCAUGUCUUGGAUACCGUUUGGAGCAGGACCCCGUCAAUGUGUUGGAAUGCGUUUAGGACUUUCCGAAGCAAAGACUGCAUUGGCUCAUUUGCUUCGAAGAUAUGAUUUAGUCGCAGGAGUAGAAACUGAGAAAGAGUUGAACAUUCUUGGUUGCACAACUACAUCGCCAGAAGCUGUUACGUUGUACUUGAAGCCGAGAAUUUAAAUUUCGUGAAAUUAAACCGUUUAUUAUACUCGACCAUUACUUGUAAUAUAAAUUUAUUGUGGUGAUUUUUUAAAACAAAAUUGUUAUUGAUUCU